AUGUCUGCAGACACCAAAACACUAAAGGACGCGUUCGCGCUUUUUGACAAGAAAGGAAACGGCCAGAUUCCCCAAGAAUCGCUGGGAGACAUGCUUCGUGCUGUCGGCCAGAACCCCACACUUGCGGAGAUCCGCGAUCUUGAGUCGGGUCUUUCUGGCGAAACCUACGAUUACGACACGUUUGUCAAAGUUGUCAAUCGCCCUGAUGGCUUCAAGUCCCUGGGCCAGGCUGAGGACUAUGUUCGCGGAUUCCAGGUAUUCGAUAAGGAAGGCACCGGCGAGAUUGCCGUCGGCGAGCUGCGGUACAUUUUGACUUCUCUUGGCGAGAAACUCACGGAUGGCGAAGUCGAUGAACUGCUCAAGGGCGUCAACGUUUCGCGCGACGGGAAUGUCAACUACACUGAAUUCGUAAAGACGAUUCUGUCUCAGUAG